AUGAAUAGAUAUAUAUUGUUAAUAACUUUCUUUUGUUGUUCAAUAGUUGUUGAGACAAGUUCAGCACAACCAGUAACAUUAUUUGUGAAUCCAUAUUUAGUAAAUUAUACACUACCUUGUGGUGCUAGUGCAGACAAUGCUUGUCCAGAUAUUGUAAAUGCACUUGCUUCUACACAAUCAGACAAUGUUCUUUUAAGUGUCGGCGAUGCAACACUCACAGGUAAAAACAAUACAAAUAUCUCACUGCUCAAUAGAACUGUGACAAUUCAAGGUAAUCCAGAUAGCUAUGCCGACAUAGAAUUGAACUACAAUGGUACAUUCUUUAUCAUUGAAGAUUCAGAGCAAUACAAUGGACCAACCACUCUUACAUUACAAUACUUAAGGAUUGUAAAUGGUACAGGUUAUUCUAGUGGAAAUGUGCAUUUGGGUGGAGUGGUUUAUAUGAAUACAUCAUACUCUAAUACAGUGUUGGUAGUGGAUCAUAUAUCGGUCAUCAAUAACCAUGCUGACGAUGGUGCUGUUGUCUACACUGCUCUGCCUACUACUUCCAACCCUUCUUUCUCAUCAACUAUUGUAAUUUCCAAUGCCGAAUUUAUUGCCAAUAAAGCUAGUGGAAAUGGUGCCGUUAUCUAUUCUCAGGUAACCGACACCAAACUACAGAUUACAAACUCAAGUUUUGUUAAUAACAAAGGAAACACUAUCAUCACCUCCAACAUUACAACAGCCAUACUUGCUAAUAUAUUGAUCGAUUCGAAUCAAGGAUCAUUAUAUAUCAUGGAUCUCUAUGGUGAUAGUUCAUCGAUGAUCUCUCUUCAAAAUCUGGUUGUUAGUAACAACCAAAUCACCACAGGAAAUCAACAACCAACUGGUUACAUCUUAAAUUUAUAUCAGGUGAUUGUGUCUAUUAAAGAUUCUAUUUUUGCUAACAACACUAAUGGAACGCCCAUCAAGUUUAAAGGUGAAGGUGGAAUGGGUAUCACAAAUACAACUUUCAGUUCGAAUACUAGUAAAAAGAAUGGAGGUGCUAUAUAUUCCACUCAAGGUACUCUGACAGUCUGGAAUUCAACGAUGAUCAAUAACCAAGCAGAUCAAGGUGGUGCAAUUGCUGUAUACCAAUCUUCACUAACAUUAAGUGAUGUAAUCAUUGUUGGAAAUCAAGCUGUUACCUCAGGUGGUGGACUUUUCAUAUUAAACGAUCAACAUGGUAGUUCAGUCAUUAUCAACAGUACUACUUUUGGACAAAACUUUGUCAGUGGACAGAAUGGUAUUGGAACGGUCAUGUACAUCAAUAACUCUGCCACACCACCAACGAAAAUCAAACUUAAUGACGUUGUAUUAUUCAAUAACACCUACAAUCAAUACACAGAGCCAAUAUAUUGUACGGGUAGUGCCGAUGUUGUCAUGAAUGAUAUUGAAACCGAUUUCAAGAGUCUUAUCACCUGUUUAAGUGUAGAGCGAUGCAGUUACUCUGGAAACUAUAAUGGUGUCAGUGCAUGUCCAAGUGGUGAACCUACAAAGACUCCACUUAGUGGAGGAGAAAUUGCUGCUAUUGUCACUGGUUCUAUAGCAGGUGCUACUCUCUUAAUUAUCAUAAUCUAUUUUGCUAGGAAAAGAUUUAUUCGUGCAAAAUACAAUGUUAUUAUUUGUUCUUCACAAACAGUAACUUUGUUUGUCAAUUCAAAUGUUACCAAUUACACUUUACCUUGUGGUGAUACUUUAGAUAAUGCUUGUCCAGAUAUUGUUAGUGCACUUUCAUCAUCAAACAGUACUGUACUAUUAUUAAAAUUGGAAAGCGGUAUUUACACUGGUGAAAAUAAUACAAACAUAAAAUUAUUAUUCAAUUGUACAAUAACAAUCCAAGGAAAUCAAGAUAAUUAUGCAACCAUCGAUUUAGUUAGCAAUGGAUCAUUUAUUAUUAUCCAAGAUACUCAACAACAAAGAGGAUUAUCCAAUUUAACUUUGCAAUAUCUUAAUAUUAAAAAUGGUUCCGGUAGCUCUUUCAAUUCAUACGAUGGUGGUGUUUUUUAUAUAAAUACACAUUAUUCAACAAACAAUAUAGUAAUAGAUAGUGUAAUAGUAUCAAAUAACAAUGCUACUAAUGGAGGUGUAUUCUAUGUUUAUUCUCAGGGUGUUACCAAUAUUACGAUUUCAAAUUCUGUAUUCUCUGAUAAUACUGCCUCGGAGGAAGGUGCAAUUUUAACCACCACUUCAUCAACCAAACCUUGUAAUCUAUGGAUUACAAAUAGUAUUAUCAAUGGAAACACAGCCUCCUAUAGUAUUAUUUCAACAGAUGAUAGCUUUGUUAGUUUAUCCAAUGUGGUUAUCAGCUCAAAUAUUGCCAAUACCACUAUUUUAAGAUUCCUAAACAACGAGAAUGUAUUGAUUCAAAACCUUACAUUGGUUAACAAUCAAGUGAAUGGCAUUGGUCCUUCAAUAUCAGACUAUGGUUUUAUUACUCUCAUCAACAAUAAUGUUAUAGUCGUCAACUCUAAACUAUCAAACAAUGUUGGUAUGGCAUCGCCAAUAACAUUCUACUCGAUUGGACAGCUGGGUGUUCACAACACAUUAUUUGAUUCCAACCGUCUUCCAGACUCUGGUGGUGCACUAAAUAUAGCACAAGGAAUUGCAUACAUUUCGAAUUGUACAUUCUCUAAUAAUCAAGCAAACUUUGGUGGUGCCAUCUACCUGUCGAAUGCACUUGGUUUGGUCAUUGGUAACAGCACAUUCAGUGGCAACUCUGUAGGUACCAGCGGAGAAGCAAGUAUUUUGUAUAUAAGCAAUUCAAAGACUACAGUGGAAUUCAAUGGAGUAGUCUUCACCAAUACCACCGUUAACAAGCAGAGUAACGCUAUCUAUUGUUCCGGUGCUAAUCUCGAAUUGAAUGACAUAGAGUCUGACACCAAUGAUAUUGUUACUUGCAGUGAGCCAGAUGUAGACAACAAAGAUAAGUGCACAUACUCUGGUAAUUUUCGAGUGUGUAAAUCUAAAGGUUCCAAUGAUGACAAAUCACAUGUUAGAAUAAUCGUCGGCGUUGUCGUUGGAGUUACUGGUGGCAUACUUUUGACCGUUUUCAUCUAUAUUAUAUACAAGAGACAUCAUAAUCAUCACAAAUAUAAAAGUUAUUAUUAA